AUGUCAGAUGUUGGUCAAGAUGCCGAUCUUGAUGAGUCGGACCUGAAGGAAUGCUUACUUGAAACCCUCAAAGCUGACGGAACUAUCAAAAAACUUCAAAGCGAUUUACAGUUUGAGCAAAGAGAUGAACUUUCUGAACGAUACCACUUGCCGGCAGUGCCGAGCACUGAGCCCUUACUUUCCUCCCUACUGGAUUCUGUUCGUGCUCCGCCGCUACAGUUGUCGAAAGCCGUUGUCCUCGAUCAGGAUUCAGAGAACGAAUUGGAGGGACCCGUGCAGAAUAACGGCGAUCGGCGCGGCCGGAAUAAGCCCUCCUGGACGUCUUCGCCACCGCCAGUCGUCUCUCACGAACACCGAAACCAGCAUCAGUCUCCGCCUUGCGCCAUUAAUUCCACGGACGCGCCAGAUGUCGUACCUCAGAUGCCGUCGGAUCACACCAAAAUUGGAAACAAAGCCUCGGAUAGCCUUCAGCAGAUUCCUGAGCCCGGACGUGUACAAGAGCAAGACUCUCUGAGAUCGGAAGCCGAAGAGGUAGAUACGGACACCUCCCUUGAUGAUCGUAGUAUCUCCAUAGCCGAGGACGAUCCGCUCUCAGCCUCUUCCACUGACGAUCGCCCUCUGCCCACUUCUGGUCCACCACAGAACAUUGCCGCGUCCUCGUCCCAUGGUGGUUUUUCUUCGACGACAAAUCAAGCCCAAAUUGUUUAUAGACCCCCGUCAAAGCCUUCUGCAGUAAAUGGACCUGAUGGCGACUCGGACAUCGAUUCUGAGGUCGUUGAUGACAUAACAAUGGACUCUUCAACGGUGGAGGACUGUGACUACAUGGAGCCAGUACGGAAGUACAACCAGUAG